UCGACGUGCUUUCGUCUAUCGUCGCAAACUCGUCGCUGUUGUGCGAAUUUUAUUGUUUGCAAUUUUGCAUAUUAUUUUGAGUAUUUUUAUCAAAAUCACGCCAGAAUUUAAUGUUCAGUCAUGAAUGAAAUUGAUGAUAAGUUCUAUUAUGUGUAUAGUUCAGCGUUGGACCACAAAGUCGAAAUAAAAAUUGGAACAUUAGAAGGCAAGCGCACCAAGCCUGAAUAUGACAAAUUACUCUCAGAUCCUAUGUUGAAGUUUUCUGGGCUGUAUCAAGAAGGAUGCUCAGACUUAUAUGUUACUUGUCAAGUGUUGUGCGAUGGGGUGCCGCUUGCAUUGCCUGUCACUACUUCAUACAAAGCAUUUACUAACAGGUGGAACUGGAAUGAAUGGGUGACACUGCCCCUAUACUUCAGUGAUCUCCCUCGGAAUGCAACACUGGCUAUGACAAUCUAUGACUGUGCUGGACCGGGCAAAGUGAUGGUGGUUGGUGGUACCACUAUUUCACUAUUUGGAAAACAUGGCAUGCUUCGACAGGGCAUGUUCGACCUGCGAGUGUGGCCCGGGGUGGAAGGCAGUGAGAAGACGCCGGGCAAGGCACCUGAUACCGGCAAGGAACAGAUGCAAAGACUCGGGAAGCUGGCCAAGAAACAUCGCAAUGGGCAUAUGCCUAAGGUUGAUUGGCUCGACAGACUGACCUUCAGAGAAAUUGAGAUGAUCAAUGAGAAGGAGAAGAGAAACUCAGACUACAUGUAUCUCAUGAUUGAAUUCCCCACAGUGCAGAUUGAUGGCAUCAAUCAUGCUGUCGUUUAUUACGAACAAGACGGAGAUGAAAUGUACCAAUUCCGAGCUCAGGCGGAGAUUGUUACCGUGCCCGAUUACGAAAUAUUACAGGAGAACCUAGUGGAGAGCAAGCAACACCGUCUAGCUCGAUCAUUGAGAUCCGGCGUGUCGGGUCGCGACGCCAAGCCCACGGCCUCGGAGCGAGACCAACUCGCAGCUAUAGUGGCGGCUCCACCAGCCACUUCACUAACGGCCGCUGAACAGGACCUUCUGUGGAAAUUCAGGUUCUAUUUGUCGUCGCACCGGCGCGCGCUGACCAAAUUCUUAGAGUGCGUCAACUGGAACCGGCCGGCCGAAGUGCGGCAAGCCCUGGCUAUGAUGAAGCAAUGGGCGCCGAUGGACGUCGAGGACGCUCUGGAACUCCUCACACCAAAGUUCACACACCCAGCUGUCAGAAAAUAUGCCAUCUCUCGUUUGAAACAAGCACCAGAUGAAGAUCUACUUCUGUAUUUGCUGCAAUUGGUACAAGCUUUAAAAUACGAAGAUUUCAUGGAAAUACACGAAGAAUACUCGCGACUGUGCGGCAGUAAGGACGUGCCCUACGAAUCUGACGGAAAAAUGAUGCAGAGCCAACGAGGCAGCCAAGCUAGUCUUCUGUCAGCCUCAGUGAUAACAAACAGUGAGAUGACGUCAUCUCUUAGCAGCCGUCGCUCAGAGCAGCCGAUAGACGACACCGCCACCGUCGCUGGAGAAAACAGUAUAAUAGCGGGACAUGAGGAUACCUACUCAACGGCUUCAGAAUCAGAAGAGCGUCUUAACCUUGCCACGUUUCUGAUAUCGCGCGCGUGCAACAACAGCUGUUUGGCCAACUACUUCUAUUGGUACCUCCUGUGCGAAUGCGAAGACAGGGACACCCCACAGGAUUUACAGCACAGAAAUAUGUAUUUGACUGUGAUGAGAACCUUCUCCAUGAGAAUGGCUAAAGAUUUCCUUUUCACAGGCAACAGCGACCACCAGCGCACGCGUUCAUUCCUCGCCCGUCAGCAGCUCUUCAUAGACAAACUCGUCAAACUUAUCAAAACGGUCACAAGAGAAAGCGGUAAUAGAAACAAAAAGGCCGAACGCUUACAACAACUCCUAGCAGAUCCAGACGCGUUCAAAUUUAACUUCAUGAACUUUGAACCUAUGCCAUUCCCUCUAGACCCCAACGUCAACAUCAAAGGAAUAGUCGCAAAGAAAGCGAGCCUCUUCAAAUCAGCUCUGAUGCCAUCAAAACUAACAUUUUUGACAACAGAGGGCGUCGAAUACGAGGCCAUUUUCAAACAUGGCGACGAUUUACGUCAAGACCAACUUAUUUUACAAAUGAUUACAUUGAUGGAUAAGUUGUUGAGAAGGGAAAAUUUGGAUUUGAAAUUAACGCCGUAUAAAGUUUUAGCAACGAGUUCGAAGCAUGGUUUUCUACAGUUUAUUGAAUCUGUGACCGUGGCCGAAGCCCUAGCGACAGAAGGCAGUAUACAGAAUUUCUUUAGGAAAUACAAUCCGUGCGAAGGAGCGCCGUACGGGAUAAAACCGGAGACGAUGGACACGUAUAUAAGAAGUUGUGCGGGUUACUGCGUGAUUACCUAUUUACUGGGUGUCGGCGACCGCCAUUUAGACAACCUGCUCCUCACUCGCCAAGGCGCCCUGUUCCACAUUGAUUUCGGCUACAUACUGGGCAGGGACCCCAAACCUCUGCCGCCGCCGAUGAAGCUCAGCAAAGAAAUGGUGGAAGCAAUGGGCGGCAUACAAUCGGAACAUUACCACGAGUUUAGGAAACAAUGUUAUACGGCAUUCUUACAUUUAAGAAGACACGCCAAUCUUAUGCUGAAUCUCUUUUCGUUGAUGGUAGACGCUUCAGUUCCUGACAUAGCUUUGGAACCCGACAAGGCGGUUAAGAAAGUACAAGAUAAACUAAGACUGGACCUUGGUGACGAAGAAGCUGUACACUACCUCCAAAACCUUCUAGACAUGUCCGUGACUGCUGUGAUGGCAGUACUAGUGGAACACUUCCAUAAAUUUGCGCAGUAUUGGCGGAAAUAACCGUGUUAUUGGCAGACAGUUAGAUAUAAAAACUAAAGAUGGCCUUUAUCAACAGAAUGAUUAUGAAAUUUGUAUCUAAAUCUGAAAUAAGUAUGUCCUGGAUAAUCCUGAUCCAAUUCAUGUGAUAAUAAAGGAAAAAUAUAUUUCAUUACAAAAGUCAAUUAAAACCAUUCAUCACAAUAUCAAUUUAAUAUACCAGAACCUACUCAAGAAGGUAAGACUGUAGUCACUUCUCUAACCUCCUCCAAAUCUUCCCUUUCAUAGUUGAAACCAGGGCUCCUUAGAAAAACGCGAAAUACUGUAAAACAUUACUUUAUAAGAAUGUUAACAUCAAUACAUUUUGUGACAUGAGUUAAAUGAUGAUUUACUGUGAUAUACUAUUUUUUAAGUAUAUUAUUAAGUAAUAAAACUUAUUUUACUAUAAAA